AUGGAGAGGUUACAACAAUUAUUAAAACAACAAUCAUUGACACAACAACAUCAACAACAACCACAACAAAUGUUAAAUCACUCGCCUAAUUCUCAAAAUUUUCAAAGUCUUCAAAAUUCACAUGAAGAUCUUGUUAAUGGUGGAGGCGAUGACGAAGAUGAUACGUCAUUACAAGAAUUUUCAAGACCUAAUGAUAAUCACAGACAACAACAACACCAACAACAGCCACAACAAUCACGUCAAUCCGUACCUCAUAUAACACUUCCACAACCACAACAACAGAUUCAACAAAAAACAAUUCAUUUACCACAACAAACACCUCCACCUAUGUAUCAGUCAACUUUUUCUCCACUAGAACAACAACAACCAAGCCGAUCAGAGUUUUCACUUCGUCAUCAGUCACAAACACAACAGCAACAAGCAUCAGAAGAACAAUCAUUGUCAUCAUCGUUACAACAUACUCAGCAACAGCCACAACAAGAACAAAUGACCAGUCAUUUAUUCAAUCGAAAAUUUCGUCAAUCAUGGCGUAACAUCACACCAGAUAAAUUACCAAUAAAAGAAUUGAAAAAAGCAACUAAAUUACAAGAGAAUGACAUCAGUUCACAAGGUGAUGAUUAUGAAGAAGAUGAGAUGACAGAAGAUGAUAUUUAUAAAUUGCAUGAAGAAUUAGAAAAUGCACGAGCACAGAAUAUUGAAAUGAAAACAGCGCUUACUGAAGCGCGUACUAUCAUUGAUCAACAGCAAAAUCAAUUGACAGAAUUUCGACGAUGUGCUGCACAAUAUCAAACUGAUGCUGAAGCAUUUAAAAUGAAAAGUAUGUUUUUAUUAAAUAAUUCACAAACACAUGAUGAACAAGUUAGUAUACUGAUUAAUGCAUGUGAACGUUUAGAAGCUGAAAUUGAUGCACUCACUUGGCAAUUAGAUCAAACUAAACAAUCAUUAGAAUUAAAAACACAAGAAUGUCAUUUUCUCAAUGAACAAUUAGAUGAAAUACAAUUGAAUGGUAGUUAUCAUAGUCCUUUAAUGUUGCCUACAGAUGAUCAUCAGCAUCAGCAUCAUCAUAUACAACAAAAUCAUUUAAAUGGUGUCCAUGAAGUGGAUAAAUUCAAAACUUCGACAGAUCAAUUUAAUUCCAUGUUAAGUACAGAAUAUAAAUCAUUAACAGGUGGACAACAUAGUCAACCAUUACAAAGGAAUACUAUUUCAUCAGAAUUAAAUAUAAGCAGUGCACAAGAUUAUACUACUGGAAAUCAAAGAGAAUUACAAAAACUACGUGAACAAAUUAUGAAUUAUGAAGAAAAAGAAAAACAAUGGGAAGAAACACAUGAAGAAUUAUUACAAAGACAAAAAUUAUUAGAAGAAGAGAAACGACAACAAGAUUUAGUCAUAGGACGUUUAGCUAAUGAACAAGCAACUAAAACAAAUGUUAAACCAUUAGAGAAUAAUCCCACUGAACAGCAACAACACCAACCACACGAUGAAAUUCCAGCUGAAAUUAUAGCUAAAUUACAUAAUUUACAUGAAGAGAAAACAACCUGGAAAUUGUAUGCAUCAAGUUUAGUACGUAGUUUUGUUGAGAAUUGUGAUGAGUUUAUACGUAAAACAUCCUAUAAUGAACCAUAUUUUGAAAGUGACGGUGAACGUCGUUGGUACACAUAUUCAAUGCAUUUGCUUGAAAAUCUACUCAAUGUUGCACCUUAUCUAUUAUCGAAAACUGAUUUAGACUUAUUAAAACGUACUACCGAUUCUACAACAAAUUAUCCAUUUAAUCAAACAAUGGGAUUAAUAAAUGAACCGCAAUUAUUGACUUCAUCGGAUUUUCCAUCACAAGUUCAAUUACGUAAUAAUAAUCAUAAUUCACAACAAUCACGUGAAUCCAUACAACAACAGAAUCCAUUUUUACAAGGAUAUGAACCAUAUAAUAAUCGUAAAUCGAAACAAUCCUAUCAACAACGUGCAGCUCGGGUAGCAUCGAAACCGUUGACAUAUUUUCAACGUAAUAAAAAGUAAAUAUCUUUUAUUAUUUUUUGAUGAAAAUAAUUGAAAUACCAUUUCUAACUACUAUUCCGAAAUAUCAUUACUUACUUAGCUUAGCUUACUUACUUACGCCUGUUACCCCCACACUGGAGUAUAGGCCGCCCACCAGUAGCAUUCUCCAACCAACUAACUCUGUCCUGGGCUUCCCUUACCAGUUCUGUCCAGUUUUUUGUUCAUUCCCACCCAUAUCUUUCUCUAUUCCUCGGCGUAAUUUGUGCCUUGACCUUCCUUCCUGUUUUCUUUUGGCCUUGACGAAAUAUCAUCAUUAAAUACGUAUAAAAUUGUAUAUAAAUUUUAUUCAAUGAACCCAAUUAAAAAAAUAAUGAUGAGAAAUACUAAUACUACGUAUAAAUGUGUACAUAAUUGAACUUUCAAUUGCUGUCAAGUAAACUACAUUAUGUUUGUUUGAUAUAAUGUUUUAACGACUAUCUAUAGACGGACAUUUUUUUGACCAGUUUAUUAUGUAUUUUACUGAAAACAAAAUUCCAAUUCAUCAUCUUAUGUAUUUAAUUAUUAUUCCUACUUUUGUUAAACAUCUUUUUUUUGUU